AUGAACCUUGGAACGACCACGAUCGAUGUUGUCAGCGAUGGCACAUUUCUGAUGGACGGCGGCUGCUUAUUUGGGCAGAUACCCAAGACCGAGUGGGAACUUCAAAUUAAACCCGACCGGCGGAACCGCAUUCGUUUAGCGCUCAAUUGCAUGUUGAUUCAAACUCCCGAGUUCAACGUCCUGGUUGACACGGGUGUUGGCUCUAAGCGUCAGGACAAGAUGAAGGAGAUGAUUCGUCUGAACGGCAACAAGCUGCUAAAGGGUUUGAAAGCGAAAGGCAUAACUGCCCGCGACAUUGACGCUGUCAUUCUCAGCAACCUGCACUUUGACCAUUCUGGAGGCUGUACUAAAUUGGACCGAUCAGGUACACCUGUGCCCACCUUCCCCAAAGCUAGGUAUCUUGUACAGAAGAGCAGCUGGCAGGAAGCUAAUUCACCUAACGAGCGCUACAGGGAUAUCUUCCAUGAGGACGAUUUCUUGCCACUUGCCGAGCGCGAUAUGCUUGAGUUCAUUGAUGACAAGCACGAAGUACUCCCCGGACUGACGGUUAAGGUGACCAACGGGCCGUCAGAUGGUCAUCAGAUUGUACUGGUGGAACGUGGCAGCGAGAAGAUUGCCUAUGUCAGCGACCUUAUACCUACGCCAUACCACCUUCCCCUGCCCUACAUCCCUGCAAUGCACGAGUAUCCUAAUACUACGCUAGAGCAAAAGCGGGAGUUCAUUGACAUGGCGGUCGAAGGCGGUUGGUUAGUUGUUUUCGGUCAUGCCUACGAGCAGAACGCAGGCUACAUAGUUCAGAAGAACGGCGCCACUCAAUUCUUGCCAGUUGAGGUUUAA